AGGAUUCUGCAUCAGAAGCAUGUAAAAUAGAUAGCUUGGUCUAGAAUAGAAAACAGUGGCAGCGUUUGGCCGAGUUUCCCAACAUGGAACCGAUAACGUUCACAGCGAGGAAACAUCUGUUUCCUACUGAGGCCUCGGUGGACUUCGGCCUCCAGCUGGUGGGCUCCCUGGCGGUGCACUCUCUGACCACCAUGCCCAUGCUGCCUUGGGUCGUGGCGGAGGUGCGGAGGCUCAGCGGGCAGUCCUCCAGAAAGGAGCCUGGUACCAAGCAAGUCCGCCUUGCUGUUUCGCCCUCUGGACUGAGAUGUGAGCCUGAGCCGGGGAAGAGUCAACAGUGGGACCCGCUGAUCUGCUCCAGCAUCUUCGAGUGUAAGCCUCAGCACGUUCACAAACUGAUCCAUAACAGUCACGACCCAAGUUAUUUUGCUUGUCUGAUUAAAGACAAGGCAGCCCAUCAGCAGAGUAUCUGCUACGUGUUCAAAGCCGACGAUCAAACAAAAGUGCCUGAGAUCAUCAGCUCCAUCCGACAGGCCGGGAAGAUCGCCCGCCAGGAGGAGCUCCGUUGCCCGUCGGAGUUUGAUGACACCUUCGCCAAGAAGUUCGAGGUGCUGUUCUGCGGCCGCGUGGCGGUGGCGCACCGGAAGGCCCCGCCCGCCCUGAUCGACGAAUGCAUCGAGGGCUUCAGCCACGUCUGCGGCAGCUCCCGGGGCUGGGAGACUGCGCCCCCCGCCCCCGCCCCCGCCCCCGCCGGAGGCUUUUCCUUCUCGGAUAAAUUCCGGUCUGUGCUGCAGCCGGCUGCUGAUGCCGAGCAGGGCCCGCGGCCGAUGCGCAAGUCCUUCUCCCAGCCUGGGCUGCGCUCCCUGGCCUUCAGGAAGGAGUUUCAAGAUGCAAGCCUGCGAAGUAGUAGUUUUUUCAGCUCUUUUGAGGAAAACGACAUUGAGAACCACCUAAUUAGUGGACACAAUAUUGUGCAGCCGACGGAUAUUGAGGAAAAUCGAACUAUGCUCUUCACGAUUGGUCAAUCGGAAGUUUACCUCAUCAGUCCUGACACCAAAAAAAUAGCGUUGGAGAAAAAUUUUAAGGAGAUAUCCUUUUGCUCUCAGGGUAUUAGGCACGUGGACCACUUUGGGUUUAUCUGCCGAGAGUCUUCAGGAGGUGGAGGCUUUCAUUUCGUCUGUUACGUGUUUCAGUGCACAAACGAGGCUCUGGUUGAUGAAAUCAUGAUGACUCUGAAGCAGGCCUUCACGGUGGCUGCGGUGCAGCGGACGGCCAGGGCGCCGGCCCAGCUGUGUGAGGGCUGCCCCCUGCAGGGUCUGCACAAGCUCUGUGAGCGGAUCGAGGGAAUGAAUUCUUCCAAAACCAAACUAGAACUCCAGAAGCACCUGACAACGUUAACGAAUCAGGAGCAAGCGACAAUUUUUGAAGAGGUUCAGAAACUGAGACCAAGAAAUGAGCAGCGAGAGAAUGAAUUGAUUAUUUCUUUCUUGAGAUGUUUAUAUGAAGAGAAACAAAAAGUUCAUGUCCAUGUUGGGGAGGUAAAGCAGACAUCACAGAUUGUGGCAGAGAAUAUUGGAAGUGAAUUGCCAUCUAGUGCCACUCGAUUUAGGCUAGAUAUGCUGAAGAACAAAGCAAAGAAAUCUUUAACAGAGUCUUUAGAAAGUAUUUUGUCCCGGGGUAAUAAAGCCAAAGGCCUGCAGGAGCACUCCGCCAAUCUGGACUUGGACAGCUCUGCGUCUAGCACAUUAAGUAACACCAGUAAGGAGCCGUCUGUGUGUGAGAAGGAGGCCUUGCCUGUCUCCGAGAGCUCCUUCAGGCUCCUCGGCUCCUCGGAUGACCUGUCCAGUGACCCAGAGGACCACCCCGCGGAAGAGCUCGCCCCGCUGUCACCCCAGCGGGGCUUCAGAAGGCGUGCCAACACCCUGAGCCACGUCCCAGUGGAGUGCCAGGAGCCCCCGGAGCCUGCCAAGGGGUCCCCAGGGGUCUCGCAGAGGAAACUUGUGAGGUAUCACUCAGUGAGCACAGAGACGCCUCAUGAACGGAAUGGGAAUCAUCCACCUGUUGGCGAGUCUAAAAGUCGCUCAGGUCAGUCUUCAGCUCCUGCUCCUCCACCUCGUCUUAACCCCUCUGCCUCCUCGCCCAAUUUCUUUAAGUACCUCAAACAUAACUCCAGUGGAGAACAGAGUGGGAAUGCAGUGCCCAAGAGCAUCUCCUACCGUAAUGCCCUGCGGAAAAAACUUCAUUCUUCUUCCUCUGUGCCAAAUUUUCUAAAAUUUCUGGCUCCUGUAGAUGAAAAUAACACCUCUGACUUUAUGAACACAAAAAGGGACUUUGAGUCCAAAGCCAACCAUCUCAGUGAUGCCAGUGGGACCCCUGUGAAGACACGGAGACACUCGUGGAGGCAGCAGAUCUUCCUUCGCGUGGCCACCCCACAGAAAGCGUGCGAGUCUCCUGGCAGACAUGAAGAUUAUUCAGAGCUGGGAGAGCUUCCCCCACGAUCUCCUCUUGAGCCAGUUUGUGAAGAUGGACCCUUUGGCCCCGUCCCAGAAGAAAAGAAAAGGACGUCUCGUGAACUUCGAGAGCUGUGGCAAAAGGCCAUUCUGCAACAGAUACUGCUUCUCAGGAUGGAGAAGGAAAAUCAGAAGCUGCAAGCCUCUGAAAAUGAUUUGCUGAACAAGCGCCUGAAGCUUGAUUAUGAAGAAAUCACUCCUUGUCUUAAAGAAGUAACUACAGUAUGGGAAAAGAUGCUUGCCACUCCAGGAAGAUCGAAAAUCAAGUUUGACAUGGAAAAAAUGCACUCGGCUGUUGGGCAAGGUGUGCCACGGCAUCACCGGGGUGAAAUCUGGAAAUUCCUCGCGGAGCAACACCACCUGAAGCACCAGUUUCCCAGCAAACAGCAGCCGAAGGACACACCAUACAAAGAGCUCUUAAAACAGCUCACCUCCCAGCAGCACGCGAUUCUCAUCGACCUCGGGAGAACUUUUCCAACCCAUCCGUACUUCUCCGCCCAGCUGGGUGCGGGGCAGCUGUCACUCUACAACAUUUUGAAGGCCUACUCGCUUCUAGACCAGGAAGUCGGCUACUGCCAAGGUCUCAGCUUUGUGGCAGGCAUCUUGCUGCUUCAUAUGGGCGAAGAAGAAGCGUUUAACAUGCUCAAGUUCCUGAUGUUUGACAUGGGACUGCGGAAGCAGUAUCGGCCGGACAUGAUUAUUUUACAGAUCCAGAUGUACCAGCUCUCCAGGCUCCUCCACGAUUACCACCGAGACCUCUACAACCACCUGGAGGAGCACGAGAUCGGCCCCAGCCUGUACGCCGCGCCCUGGUUCCUCACUGUGUUUGCCUCCCAGUUCCCGCUGGGAUUCGUGGCCAGAGUCUUCGAUAUGAUCUUUCUUCAGGGAUCAGAGGUCAUAUUUAAAGUGGCUUUAAGUCUGUUGGGAAGCCAUAAGCCCUUGAUUCUGCAGCACGAAAACCUAGAAACCAUAGUUGACUUUAUUAAAAGCACGCUCCCCAACCUGGGCUUGGUGCAGAUGGAAAAGACCAUCAGUCAGGUGUUUGAGAUGGACAUCUCAAAACAGCUACAAGCUUACGAAGUUGAGUACCAUGUGCUUCAAGAAGAACUCAUCGAUUCCUCUCCUCUCAGUGACAACCAAAGAAUGGAUAAAUUAGAGAAAACCAACAGCAGCUUACGCAAACAGAACCUUGACCUCCUGGAACAACUGCAGGUGGCGAAUGGGAGGAUCCAAAGCCUCGAAGCCACCAUUGAGAGGCUCCUGACCAGUGAGAGCAAGCUGAAGCAGGCCACCCUGGCCUUAGAGCUGGAGCGGUCGGCCCUGCUGCAGACGGUGGCGCAGCUCCAGGGGCAGAUGGCGGAGCUGAGCAGCCCGGAGCCUGAGCACGCACCGCCCGAGCCCGUGGGCGACUGACCGUCAUCGCCCAGCUCCGUGGGAGACGUGGCCGCCACCCGAACACUGUCCAGGCCUUAACUGAGAGAGACGGACGAAAGACGCUGGAGGGAGAGAGCGGAGCGUGGCGCAUGCUUCUCAGGGAGGACGCUGGCUUGCCGGCAUCCAGAGUCUUCUGGGCUGAGACUUGCGGCACCUGGGCGAACGCCCCGGUAUUCUUGUUGUUGUUUAGGUUCUGAUUCGUCCCUUCUCCAGUCCUGAUUCCUGUACUCGGUAGAUUUAGAUGGCAUGGACACCAAUAAAUGCACCUUUAUGUUCCUUUGUUGUUUCCUUUCUCGGGAUCACUGUGUUUAUAAAGAGCAUUCAUAAUACGGUGGAAUUUCAAAAGCCAGAGAGGCUGGAGAUGAUUCUUCUGGCAAAGAUGUGGGUCCGUCAUUCUUCCAAAGGGGGUUUGUGUGACUUACACCAGCAUCACUGGUGGGAGCGCAGUUGGCCCUUGACCAUUCUUGUGGAAGCCUCAGAUGACUGUUAGGAAAAAUCGAAUUUGACAUCUGAAAUUUGAUCACUGUGCUUGGUACUUAAUGAAGUUUGUCUUUUAAGAAUAGUUUUGAUACAUUUUUUUCCUUGGCCUGCAAGUACUGAUCAAAGUCAUUGUAGAUAAAUGUUUCAUGGAAAAUCAUCUGUUUUCAGACCCUGCCAGGGGAGGCUGAGCAUGCCACCCACAGCUGCAGUCUCUGUGGUGUCUGACGCCCACCUUGCAGAGUCAUGUGUUCUGCUGCUGUAGGAUGUAGUGCAGCCCUGUGUCCCCCUGCGUCUGCACCCCUUGGGUCUCUGAUUUCCUGCUGAAGUUGCCGAGCACAUCAGGGCAUUUCAAAGUCUUCAGACUUUCAGCCUGAAAUUGCAGUCAAAUGUACGGCAGCUGAAAGCAGUUUUUCGAGGUAGGAUGUGCAUUUUGAAUGUAACUCACACCCCUAUGACCCCUUCCCUCAGGAUGACGAGGACCCUGUGCCUUCAGCUGGCAAAAGGCCCCUCACAGUGGCCCUGGUGUCAUCUGGUCACUGUGCAAGGCUCAUCCCUAUGCUCCUUGAACGGGCAGUGGCGUGAGGGGGGCUGUGUGGACAGGUUCACUUCACUGACAGCAGAACCACUUCUGAUCGUCACCGCAUCAUCUCAGCCACGUCUCCUCCAUGAGAGGUCUCUUGACUCUCAGCGGAGGGCAUCUCUUUGAAGCCUGAGGUGAAUGGAAGCAUUUUCACACUUGGACUUUUUAGAAAGACUCCCCAGACAUUUCCAAGGGAGGCCAACGUGCUGCCCCUGGUGCCUGUGCAGUUGGUUCACACUGCGGACCCUUGCCUGUUCCCCAAACCAGAGGAGAGCAGUUCCUUUUGUGAACUAGGUGACAGCCAGUAACCUUUGCCCUGAGUUGUUCCACCUGCUGUAACUUAGAGGAGCUCACAUUUGAGGGCUUCCUUCCACGUAUUUUACUGUUUGAAUGUUUAAAAACGUUGAGUUUUGGACAUCUUGUUACCGUUACUCAAAAACAUCGACUCUGCAUUAAAUUAGAAACAAGCAAGCAAUAAAUCAUGUCCACACUUUA